AUGAAGCCAGGAACACCCAACAACGGUCAGCUCAACCGUGAAGCAGUACUGUUGCUUCAGGAUGCGCUCACAGGCUUUGACGACAUUUACGGGGAAGGAUCGAUGAGUUGUGCCGUUUACGAUACUGCCUGGGUGUCCCUAGUCACCAAGUCUGAUGCUGCAGGAAAACGGUGGCUCUUUCCGGAGAGUUUUGGGGUGCUGCUUGAAAUGCAGAAUGCUGACGGAAGCUGGGAUUCUGACGCAACCCAAAUCGACGGCAUCCUGAACACAGCGGCGGGGUUGUUAAGCCUCAAACGACAUGCCAAAGAGCCACUCCAGGAUUCCAUUGCUGAAGACAACCUGCAGCAACGACUUGCACUAGCUGCGACGUCUCUGAAAGCUCAGCUGGAUGCUUGGGAUGUAUCUCUGACCCAGAACGUGGGAUAUGAGAUCAUCCUACCAUCGCUACUCAAGCUCCUCAAGGCGGAAGGAAUUCAAAUUGGGCAGUGGCGCGGAGAAGACGAGUUGAUGGCUGUCAACUCUGCUAAAAUGUCGCGGUUCAAGCCUGAGUUUCUUUAUCACACCACAAAAUCGACCGCACUGCACUCGCUGGAAUCAUUUGUCGGCAUGAUUGAUUUUGAUAAGGUCGCUCACCAUAAAGUUAACGGUGCUAUAAUGGCCUCACCGUCUGCAACGGCAGCUUAUUUGACCUGCCUGUCAACGUGGGAUGACGAAGCAGAACAGUAUCUCAGAGACGUUGUGGCUCGUGGAGCUGGCCAGGGACGGGGCGGUAUCCCAAGUGCUUUCCCCUCAACAAAUUUUGAAUUUUCAUGGAUACUUUCCACCCUCAUCCAAGCCGGAUUCACGGAAGAGGACCUGGAAUCUCCCGAGAUGAGGAGGAUGACUGCGAUAAUGUCCGAAUCUUUUAAGGGGAAUGGAACCAUGGGCUUCGCGCCUGGCAUCGAGGCCGACGUUGACGACACUGCUAAAGGCCUUAUCUGCCUGAACUCUCUUGGCCAUACGGUCCCAACAAACGACAUGAUCAAUGCUUUCGAGCGAGAUACUCACUUCCAGACGUUCCAAAACGAGAGAGACCCGAGUUUCAGCGCCAACUGCAAUGCACUUCUUGCUUUAUUAUGCCAAGGAGACCUGUCAAGCUUCUCGGCCCAAAUCCUCAAGGUGGUAAAAUUCUUGUCUAAGAUCUGGUGGGAAGCCGAUGGUCCAAUAAAAGACAAAUGGAACUUAUCAAAGCUGUACCCGACAAUGCUCAUGGUCGAGGCAUUUGUCAGAAUGAUCGGACUAGUCGACGAAGGGGAGUUGCCUUCGGAUUUUCUCGAUCAGGAGUUGAAGUCUAAAGUUGCCAUCCCCGUGUUUCAGGCGGGUCUACGAACUAUGAUGGAACAAGAACCGGAUGGUUCCUGGAACCAUUCGGUUGAACAGACUUCAUACGCUGUUUUGAUUCUAUCAGAGUCGCGAAGGUUACGGCACUUCGAAAGCGUACAAUCCCGCAUUGAGGAGUGUAUUGAUAAGGCGACUGCCUUUCUCCGACACGCAGUUGUUUCUCCAGACCCUAUCUGGAUCGAAAAGGUCACGUAUUCAUCCAUUCUCUUGACCAGAUCAUACAGGCUGGCUGCUCUGAAGGCAGCAAGUUCCAACCAUAAGAAUGUUGGGUACAGUAUCCCACUCGACAUUUCAGAGCGGAAGAUGUCGGCAUACCGCCAAUUAUACAGCAUGACGCCCAUGUUCUCGGCGGUACCUCCAUGGCAGAUCUCCGCAUCACUGGUUGAAGGCAGUCUCUUCCUGCCCUUACUCAAGGCGCAUCAUCUGGAGAUAUUUCCCCGGAGGGAUAUGGCGGAGGACAAAUAUCUUCACAUUAUACCUUUUACAUGGACUGGCUGCAACAACCGUUUGUCUACCUUCGCCUCGCCUGCCUUCCUAUAUGACAUGAUGCGAAUUGCCGUCCUGGACUACCAGGCCGACGAGUUCAUGGAGGCGGUAGCUGGAUCCUGGCUCUCGGACGACUUGCCUAAGCUGGGUGAGAUUAUUGACAAGGUCUUCGAUGUGCCGGAGGCCACCAAUGGAAUGAAUGGGACGACCAAAGUCAACAGAGCGAAUGGGGUAGCCAAGCCUAGUCAUACGAACGGAUGCGACACGGAUCGAGAGCCCGUAGAGCAUAUCGAAGUCCAGGAGUGCAUUCGUCGAUUCGUCGAUCACGUUAUGGAACAUCCCUCGGUCGUGGCGGCGAGCAUGCAGGACAGGGACAAUCUGGCGCGCGAGUUCCGGCAGUACUUCCUAGCCCAGGUGGAACAGAUCAAGCACAACCAGCGGUUCGGCGCGCAGGACAAGCAAGAGCGGUACCUCUCCCCGCAGGUGUCCUUCUUCCAGUGGCUGAAGGAGACGGCGGCGCGACACGUCGCCUGCCCCUUCACUUUUGCGUGGGCGCUGUGCGUAGUGCCGCAUGCGAUUGAGAACCAGGGCCGAUCGAAGGAUUGGCCGGCGGAUUGCUUCGCCACGGCCGAGGAAAAGUACUACGCCACCGACAUGUGCCUGCACCUGGCGACCAUGUGUCGCAUGUAUAAUGACCAUGGCUCUGCGGUCCGUGACGGCCUGGAAAAAAACGUCAACUCGCUGCACUUUCCCGAGUUCGCCCAGACGCUGGGCGGCGCGCCGGCCAAGGAUGCACUCUUCGCCGUAGCCGAGUACGAGAGGAGCUGCUGGCAGACGGCGCUGGCCCGGUUAGAGCAGGCGUCUGUUUCGGAUUCUAACAUGUUGUUUCAGAGGAUCAAAGCACGGAGGAUGGCUGUCUUGCGUACCUUCAUGGAUACUGUCGACCUAUAUGGGCAGAUCUAUGUUGUCAAGGAUAUCGCGAGCCGUAUGGUCCCAGCUCAGAGAUUACAGCAGGCAUGA